AUGGGUGGGAGUAGGCUCCACCUCCUCGAGGAGCUGGUCUUCCACUACCCCGUGUCACUUAUCGAUUGGGGUGACGCCUAUGCUGAUGGAACAGACUAUCGUUUAUCUCAAAAAGUGAUUGGAAAAGUGUCAGGUCGCGCCCAGACAGAAGAAAAAGCACAUGUUCAGAGAGUGACGCAUCCCCAAGGUCACCAUCGUUUCGACACGUCCGGAAAAGAGCACAGGGCAAUUGCAGAUCCAGUUGAAAAGUCAACUGGGACGAACAGGGAGCUUUAUACCUCUGAGAAACCUGAGUCAAUGCGCGCAUCCUCAGUCCUUCGUCCGGAGUUCCUUCUAGCGCUUGACUACAAUGAGAUUUCUGGAGUCUCUGAACACGAGAAGGAGUGGGUAAAUGCUGGCUCAACUUCUACUCUUCACCCAUUCGUCUGUUCGACCUUUAAAAAUACGACACUGUCUAGGCUUGGACAACCAGGGAGUACUCCACCCCCUUCUUCGAGUGGUUGCUACACGCCAAAGGGAUCUUAG